GAGCACCUCAGAUGGGGGAACUUUUGCACCCCAGGAUGUCCAGCUUGUCGGCAUCCAGGGGACGAUGUGGGGAUAUAUGAACAAGGGGUGCUGGAGUGAGGUUCUAGAUCCCAAGAGUCAGCCUGCUGAGUGUUGCUGCUGCCGUGGGAGACGGUGAAGACACCAGCAUCCUAAGGCUUGGGUAGAGACAAGCCAGGGCAGGGCUGGGAACUAGGGGUGACCUGUGGACCAGCGCACCUGGGUGAGGAAGGGGCAGGGAGUACAAGGAAAAGAACCAGGUAUGGGAAACACCCAGUUCCUCUGGGACAUUCAAGUGACACCUGUUGCCACAGACCGAAUCGAGAAUGAGGGUGGAAUGGGCAGAUCUAUUGUCUCCACAACCACUGGCCCAGCCUGUUUCUGCUGUCCCCCACCCCACCAACGGGAUAAAGCCUGCUGCCUGGAGCCCAGGGAGACUGCUGGAGCCAAGCAAGAUGCAGGGCCUUGCAGGUGGGAGCCGGGCUCCCCUGGGCCUGCUCCUGAUCUGUCUGUAUCUGCCAGGCCUCUUUGCACGGAGCAUUGGGGCACCAGAGGAGAAAAUCUCCCCACAUUCUGGAAAACCUUCUUUUGCCAGCCUCUUCAAGCUUGAGACUGCGGGCUUGGGACAGCCUCAGCCCAAGCCUGACCUUGUGUAUCACGAACCACCGCGGGUUCUUCCAAGGUUCCCUGGAUUCUCACAAGAUGGCGCUCUACCUGAGGUGCCCAGCCAGCCUCCCUUCUGGGGGGAGUACCCCAUGGAGUUCUGGCUCUCCGAGGAGGACCCUCGGCAAGGGAUGGGGGCUGCUGCCGAGGACCGCUUGGAGCGAGCGCUGCCAGAAGCGCUGCCAUACCUUUCCAGAGGCAGACCUCUUCCUAUGGCUUCCUCCGCAUACGAAGCUUAUGGACCCGAGGACUCAGAGUCUGUACAGCCUGGUUCCAGUCCGCUGAGAACCGAGGCAGAAGCCUUCGCCCAGCACCCGCUCUUGUACUUCAUCCACAGAUUACUGCCUGGAUUUCCUUGGGGGAUUCUAAGUCCCAGUGCAUCUUGGGGAGCUGGAGGGGCAGGAACCGGGUGGGGAAGAAGGCCCAUGCCAUUCCCUUCUGGAAUAUGGGGUAGCAAUAGUCAAUUAGCAGGUCGGCACCCAGUAGUCAGUUGGGGGCCCAACGGUCCGUAUCCUGCAGGCAACUGGGCGGGUAAUGGUCGGUAUCCUGCAGGCAACUGGGUGGGUAAUGGUCGGUAUCCUGCAGGAAGUUGGGGGGGUAAUGGUCGGUAUCCCGCAGGAGGCUGGGGGGGUAAUGGCCGGUAUCCCGCAGGAAGUUGGGGAAAUAAUGGCCGGUAUCCUGCAGGAAGUUGGGGGGGCAAUGGUUGGAAUCAGCUUCCUCCAGGAGUCCGUCCUCCUGGUAGAAAUCAGCUUUCUCCUGGAGUCCGACCUUCUGGUCCCAAUCAGCUUCCUCCCGGAGUCCGACCUUCUGGUCCCAAUCAGCUUCCUCCCGGAGUCCGACCCCCUGGCUCUUCGGGGAGCCUCCCAAACCCCAGUUUGCAGUGGGAAUAGAGCUCAGCCGAAGCUCAG